CAUCCGUAUCGAUCACCCUACGUUCGCUUCCUUCGAGCCCUAAUCGCGUCUGACGCACCAAUUUGCAUCAUCCAAUUUCGUCGCCCGUCUCCCGCACUGUCCUCUCCGCCAUCCCAAGGGCGCCGAUCGCAUCUCCCUGGGCCUACAACGAUCUUUGUCCCUUCGGUGGCGCUCGCAGCUCUUUAGGAAGCUUGGAUCGAAAGCGAUAAGAUGAAAGGGAUGAAGGGCUUUGCAGGGCUGGUAGCAAGAAGCUAUUUUUCGGGUAGGACUCCAAAGCCUAAUCCAAGCUUGUUCAGAGGGAGAAGCGGAUGCUAUCUCCAUUCUUCUUGUCGUGCAAUCUCUUCUUCAUAUUUUUCUCUUUCUCUUCGGAACCAGUGGCCCUUUGUUCGAAAUCCAUCGGAGUCAUGGGUCUCGGCUCCGUGGAUCGGGCUUGGAGAACAGAGGAGGGGCAUGUUUAUUCAAACACAGUCGACACCCAAUCCACUGUCUCUCAUGUUUUACCCAGGAAAAUCAGUAAUGGAAGUUGGAAGCGCUGAUUUUCCCAAUGCUCGUACAGCUAUGACUUCACCACUGGCUAAAUCUUUAUUUGGCAUUGAUGGUGAUCGGCAAUCCAAUGUGGUACAACUUUCUCAUCCCCGACAGAAGGGAGUCACAAGGGUAUUCUUUGGAUCAGACUUUGUCACUGUAACAAAGUCAGAAGAUGCUUCAUGGGAUUUUCUGAAGCCUGAAAUUUUUGCUGCAAUAAUGGACUUUUAUUCAUCUGGGAAACCACUUUUCCUCGAGUCAAAUGUUGCAGCUUCUAUGGACACAGCAAUUCAUGAGGAUGAUUCAGAGAUUGUUGCGAUGAUCAAAGAAUUGUUAGAGACACGAAUUCGACCUGCAGUGCAAGAUGAUGGUGGGGAUAUCGAAUACUGUGGAUUUGAUCCUGAAACUGGGAUAGUCAAGCUAAGAAUGCAAGGUGCCUGCAGCGGCUGCCCGAGCUCAUCUGUGACUUUGAAGUCAGGCAUUGAGAACAUGCUCAUGCAUUAUGUGCCAGAGGUCAAAGGGGUUGAACAGGAGCUGGAUAUGGUUGCUGAUGCUCCAUUGAGCAGUCAAUUGGAAUGAAGUGUUACUGAAGUAGCGUAAUUAUCUAAUCUUGGUUACCUUUUGUGGUUUCCGAGCUGAGUAAAUUUGGAGUUGUAUUGGAAUGAGUAAGUGGUCGACAGCAGCAGUUUGUUGGCUUAAUCCUUUGAACCAAAAGGCAAAUAAAUCAAAGCAAUGUAUGACCCCGUCACUCAUCUAUGAUCCCGUGCUUAUUUUCGGGUA